CAACUUCCUCAGUAGUAAGGACAAAUGUAGCCGGCAAGCUGCAUCACUCUCCGCCGCAGAGAUCUGACUACUGUCAGAAGAAAACGCAAAAAAAAAAAAAAAGUUUUACUGGCUGGAGAGGCGACGCUCCUGAACGCUCCCGGACUUUAGCGACCUGAACGAGCCUGCUGACAGAGAGAGAGAGGCGGGUUACCGACUCCAGACUUCAGACAUUACUCCUGGUCCACCAUACGUUUGCAAUUCUGUCAGUGCUUUAAUGGGCCGAAACAUUCAGCUUCAAACAGAACCACAUCCAAUGUUGGCAAUGGAAAUUAAAUCAAUGGGUAAAAUGGGGGCCAGACGGUGAGCAAAGCACAGCAGAGGGCCAAUGACACAAGCACCAUGACUUCACUGUGGAAGUAUUCAACCCCCCUUAAAAAACCCCAUCCCUCAUCCCAUCGCACGCUUUCUCGAGAAGUGGCUUACAGAAUAUUACCAUGGCUACCCGUUUUGACUGUCACAACUGCACGGAGUCCUUGUAUGGCCGCAAGUACAUCGAGUCAAAAGACAGACCUUACUGCAUCCCCUGUUACGACAGCCUGUUCUCAAACACAUGUGAUGAGUGCAAAGAGUUGAUCGGCCAUGACGCAAGGGAGCUCUUCUAUGAGGACCGGCAUUAUCAUGAGCACUGCUUCCGCUGUUUCCGCUGUGAUCGCUCGUUGGCAGAUGAGCCUUUCACCAGCCAGGAUGACGCGUUGCUCUGCAAUGACUGCUACUGUAAUGAGUUCUCCUCCAAGUGUGUAGCCUGUGACAAGAUCGUCAUGCCAGGUACAAGGAAGUUGGAGUACGCAGGCUCUACAUGGCACGAGGGCUGCUUCAUCUGUCACAGCUGUGAACAGCCCAUUGGCUCCAAGUCCUUUAUCCCUGACAAGGAUGAACACUACUGUGUUUCCUGCUAUGAGGACAAGUUCGCUCCACGCUGCACGCGCUGUAAAAAGACCCUGGCUAAAGGUGGUGUGACCUAUCGGGAUGAGCCGUGGCAUAAGGAGUGUUUUGUGUGCACCAGCUGUAAGACACAGCUGGCAGGUCAACACUUCACCUCCCGAGACGAAAGCCCUUACUGCCUCAAGUGCUUUGGCAGCCUGUACGCCAAGAAGUGUGAGGCCUGCAGCAAACCAAUCACAGGUUUUGGAGGAGGAAAGUACAUCUCAUUUGAGGAUCGCCAGUGGCAUCAGCCAUGCUUCACCUGCUCCCAGUGCUCCGUUUCACUGGUGGGAGCGGGCUUUUUCCCUGACGGUGACAGGAUCUUGUGCCGUGACUGCAACAGCAACCUAUAGAGCAGUCAUUCAACCACGUUCUCACCCUUCACUUGACUUACCUUCCACUCUCCGUCACAGCAUUUCAAGAACCCCGAGUCAUUACCGAGGAAGGUAACGCAGGCUAACAAAUGCUGCCUCUCAGGUUGUUUUUAUAUUAAGAGAUCAGUUCCUCGUGGUCCCUUUCCGGGUCAUGUUUUCAUCAAGGAGCUAGUGUGCAAAAUCCUUCUUUUGAUGCUGCAUUGCUUAAAUGAUCGACCACAAAGAUUUCCUCUUUAACCAAAAAGUUUUGUGAAACAAAGUUAAUGGAGUGCCUUAAUAAUACACAUUACUUGUAUGUAAUGCAUUAUUGAACCAAAGAAAUGCAAAAUGCGAGUCACUUUGCAAAAAAUUCCUUCAUAUUUUUUAUAUAGAAAGAAAAAUUGCCACUUCAGGCAGAGGUUAGAAGAGAGGACACAGAACACUGAUACAGUAUAAUAUGUAAACCUUACAGUGUGUACGUAUGGUGGAGGUACUGUUGUAAUGCUCUUAUUACUGCAUUUUUUAAGCAUUUUAAUUACAAUAUGCCAGAAAGUAAAAGUAAGAAGAUAAUUUAGAAAAAAAACUAUAGUCAGUUUAUGGUAGUUAUGAUCAAUAAAGUCAUUUGCACUUUGAAGAUAUUCUCUUGCUACCAUGUUAUGUGCACAUAAUAACACAUUUUAAAAAGUAAAAAAAAACAGCACACAGACCACUUUUUUUUUGUCAUGUAUCUGCUUUUGUUGAACUUUGCGAUGACACUUAUUUUGACAUAAAGUUUCUUCUUACUUCUGUCUUUUUUCAUCUGUUGUAAUGAAUCUUUUUUUUUCCCGUUUGUUUUUUAAUCACCAUUGCUCAAAGAGCCUGCAUUUAUAACCCUAAAGAAGCUGAAAUGAAAUCUAAUAUCGUUGUGUAUUGCAGGAGUAUGCAUGUCUUCAUCUGCCAUGAGUCGCCUAAAUAAUUAUUUUGUUGCUGUUACCGCUGUUAGUGUUUCUGUUUUUCACUGUUAGUUACAUGUAUGUGAAAAAUUCUAAAAAAACAAACAAACAAACAAAAAAAACAACUUGUAUUUCAUUAUUUCAGCUUUGAUGCUGGUGAGUCAGAGUUUGCAAAUAUACAUUUUAGGAUGGAAAAUAUGCCAUUGAGGCACUAACAGUAUGAACUUACUGUAAAAAAAAAAAGAAAAAAAAGAAAAUUGAUAUGGCUAAAUGCUACAUGUUUAGUUUUAUUUGUGAAGGCUUAUUAAAGAAAUGUACACUGACCGAUCA